UGUUGCUGUACUCAUGGCUAUUCAGUGGGCUAGGCAGCCUGGACUGGACGUGGCAUUAAUAAUUUGGAUGAUUGGACUCUGGCCUGUUGUGAUUUGUGAAGGAGUCAUCUGUAAUAAUACAGAAGUAAUUGAAAAAGGAUGGAUCAAAUGGCCAGAGAAUCCAAUCGAAGGAAGCAUAAUGAUGUACUUCUGUCCGGAUGGAUUCCGACCCUUUCCUGUCAGCUGGAGGUACUGUGGCAGGAAUGGUAAAUGGAGUUGGCUGCGGAAUGUUUAUGGUGAAAGAGCAGAAAAGGCUUCGUGCACAGGAAUACUUUGCCCUGUUCCUUUAUUAAAAUUUGGAAUGUACAGUCCUCCUCAAGAUAACUACGCGGUUAAUGACACCGUCAAUUUUCGUUGCUUUGAUGGAUUCCAGCUGACCGGUUCAGCUUCAAGGACCUGCUUGCCAAAUGGUCAAUGGAGUGGCAAAGUGCCCAGAUGCAGCAGUUUAAAAACAUUCUGCCCCAACCCUGGAACGCCCUUUGGUUCAAGAAGAAUCGGCAACAAUUUUGAUGUCUUUUCAAUUGUAGAGUAUGACUGUGGUGACUACAUUUUACGAGGUUCAUCAAAACGCAAAUGCUUGGAAUCGGGCCAGUGGUCUGGAGUGGAGCCUCGAUGUGAAAGCAAAAAUGCUUUCGAUAAUGUGAAGGACCUGGCGAGAGAACUGGAUGUCUUAGAGUCAACGAUACGCAGAGCUGCGUUUAGUUCUGAAAAGGAACACAUAAGUGGGUUCGAUAUCUACUUUGUCCUCGAAGUUUCAGGAAGACUUGGCAGUGAAAACUUCAUCAGGACUUUUGACUUUGUCACAACUUUCAUCGAGAAGAUGUCGGGUGCUAACGUUAAGGUCCGCUUUGAAUGUAUUGCAUUCGGAUAUCUUUCUCAUAAAAUCAUAAACAUCAGUGAAAGCCUUACCGCGGAGAGGAUGAUAGAAAGGCUUAAAGGCCUUCAGUACAGGGAGUUUUAUGAAUACAGAGGAAGAAGAUUGGGGUUUGCCCUCGAAUACGUUCACAAAGACAUUAAUGAAACUUUGAACCUUCAUAAAAGGCAAGCUGUGCCGAAACAAGUUAUUAUCAUCAUUACCACUGGGCGUUACAAUGGAGUACCAUCACCUUUUGCUGUCAUAGAUGAAAUUUCAGCUCUCCUCUCGCACUUGCCAAAUAUUCUCGAUAUCUAUGCCAUUGGAAUUGGGGAAAUAGAUAAAAAUUACCUGGAAAGUUUGAUACCAAUGAAGGAGACACCAGCACACGAUCAGCGAUAUGCCUUCUAUUUUCCAACCUAUGAUUAUCUGGAGCAAGCACGUGAGCAGCUGAGAAAGGAGCGUACCCUACAGACCUACGAUUGUGGCAUCCGAGGGAAUUUAAUCCAAAGACCAGUUGGGAGAGUAGUUGGUGGCAUCAAAUCAAAAGAGUACGAAUGGCCAUGGCAAGUCAAUAUAGACUUCCCACAUAAAGAAUUUUGUGGAGGUUCAAUCAUCUCACCGCGUUGGAUUCUGUCUGCUGCUCACUGUUUUAAUGGCUCAUUGGACAUGAUAGAUGACAUAGAUAUAUGGAUUGGCUCCAUCAAAAGGAAAAAAGGCUUGAAAUUAUCUGUGGAAGAGAUAAUCUUGCACGAACAAUUCAGUGUUCCAACAAACAUGAACAAUGACAUUGCCCUUUUGAAGACUAAGGAAACCAUCAUAUACAGUUCUCAUGUAAGACCUGUUUGUUUGCCAUGCACUAAGAGGAGUGCCCAGCUACUCGUCUCACCUACAGGCAGAUGGACUGAAGCUUGUCGUUAUGAAGAUGUUGUGUUGACAACUGACAAUGGAAGAACCACAAAGAUACCAGGUUACGUGACAGGCUGGGGAUACUAUAGGAGAAGGUCAACUUUAUCAAGUUAUGAUCUGCAGCAUGCCCAAGUGUACAUUCAGGAUCGAUUGACAUGUACUUCCCCGUAUCCGCUGACAGAAAACAUGUUCUGUGCAAAAGGGACAGAAGCAGAUAGUUGCAAAGGAGACUCAGGUGGACCGCUGGUCAUGGAGAUAAAUCAUCGGUGGAUCCAGGUCGGCAUCAUCAGUUUUGGAAAAACGGACAUCUGCGGACAGGACAUCAUGGGAUUUUAUAGUAAUGUGCCCAAAUAUAUGAGCUGGAUUAGAGAGAGAGUAACAGAACUGCAGUAUGAAUAAAGAGACAAGGACAUAACCUUAACAUAUUAGGUGCAAUAAAGUAUCAAAUCAGAAACCCCGUAAAUUGGACAAAGCAUCUUGACUAAUCAUCCUUAAGCAUGUUUUAAAUGUGCGGAUAAUUCCAUUUUUUUGGCAGCAAGAAGAGUUUCCUCAGUGUGAUAACAAUUCAGCUACUGAAGCUGAAAUUCCAAAGAGAAAAGAAAGAUGACAUAAUUACCAUAUGCAGACAAUUCCCUGAGAAAAGGCUUUAUUGUUCCCUUUUAUAAAUCUGCAUUGGUGUUGCUUUGAUGUUGAAACAAGCAUGUUACAAUUUUCUACCAAGUUUGGUCAUAUAGUAUGCCUGGAACAAAAAAUUUAACAUAUUGCAGUCAUAACUUCUCUUUUCCAUUCUAAAAGGACGCCCCUGUAUUCUGAGGCUGUGUCCUCUGGUCCUAAGAUUUCCAUCUUAGCCUUGCCAUUUUCAUUUUCAAAUUAUGUUUGUUUCUUAACUCAAUAUCCAUUGUGGGAAUCCAUUUCCUAUUCCAGAGAACAAUUGUAUGACAGUGUUCCCUCAAUUCCUUCUUCAUCUAUCUCUUAGGAAGACAAGUGCUUAUUGGUAAUCACAGACCCUUCGUUAUUUGAACAUUGAUAAUUCCACAUAUAACAAUUCCACUUUGAGACUGAAGGCAGAACUGUUGCUUCAAGGUUCCAAAGACUCAGAUUCAAUCCAGUUCUCUGCAGCUGUCUGUGUGGAGUUUAGAUGUUCUCCCUGUGACCACACAGUCUUACCCUAGCUACUCUUGUUACUUUCCAGAUCCCAAAGAUGUACUGGAUAUUAAUUGGCAACUGUACUCCCACUGUAAUAGGGAAAAAUCAGAGGUCUGUUAAUGAGCAUGUCUAAGAGAAUAGGUUACAGGGAAGUAGUGGAAUGAGAUUGAUAGGGUGGCUCUGAGAGCUGUCAUAGAGUGAGCUAAAGUCUUAGUAUUGUCAGAAACAUGACAAUUGAGAUAACAAAGAAAUUAUCAUUCCACUUGACUGACCAACAUCUCACUUCAUUUCAGCAGUUCAACUCCUCAUUACUUUAGUUACCACAAUGCAUCCCAUAAUUAUCAAUGAGGUUGUUCAGUCUGUAUUGGGCUUGAUUUCAACUCAGGUUUGUGGUCCUCUUUGAUUGUCUAACACAACACAAAUGGACAAACGGCUGCUGUAUUAAGCAGCACAAAUACACAAACACAUGCACGCACGCACAAAAUGCUGAAGGAGCUCUGCAAGCCAGGCAGCAUCAAUGGAAAAGAGUCCAGUCAACAAUUUGGGCCGAGACCCUGCAUCAGGACUGAAUUGUUGAGUGUGUGCCUUCAGGCUCCUGUACCUCCGUCCUGAUGAGAAGAGGUGAUGGGGGUCCUGAAUGAUGAAUGCCACCUUUUGGAAGCAGACUCCUUGAAGAUGUUCUGAAUACUACGGAGGCCAGUGCCCAUGAUGGAGCUGACUAAAUUUACAACUUAAUUGGGUUUUUUCGGGUUUCUUGCUUUGUGGCUGCCUGUAAGCAAACAAAUCUCAAGGUUGUAUAAUUUAUAUAUUCUUUGAUAAUAAAUGUAAUUUGAAACUUUUAAA